GCUAUUGCUAAAGGGAUAUAGCUACAGCCAGAAGUGACGCACAAUCUUGAAAUAAAAUUACCAUAAAUAACAUUAGCUAAUGCAUUUAACUACCCCAACCUUAAACCUAACAUUAUAAUAAUAAUAAAUAAUAAAAACUGUUGUCAGCACGACAAAAAUGAUGCGGUAUUGAAGUGCGCAUGCCCAGUGGAGGUAGCUGUAUCCCUUCUAGCCAAGACUGUUUCUAACCUGCAUGCACUGCUUGCUUCAAGUCAGCGCAGCGACGCAUGAAUUCAAACACACUUCCUAUUCUGAUUCUGCAUUAAAUUAAUGGAAGUGAGGCGUUCUCAGGACAAGCAUCCCAUACCUUUUAGUCUUCAUGUAGUUUUGUUUUCGAAAUGUUUGUGGUGGCUUUAUCAGAGCAGGAGCAGAGAGGAUUGGCCAUGAAGUUGACAACGCUCCUGUCAAACUACAGACACAUAUCGGACUCCUACAUAAUAGAGUUCUUCAGUGAGAGUUUGUGGGAUACUCUGCCUGUGAGCUGGCAGAAAGCCCUCGGUGAUCUUACACCCCCACAGAUCGCUGACCUACUGCUCGAUAGAGAUAUAAAAGACAGACGUUACCCAUCUGUGUGGCCUUUGUCCUUGCUGGCGCUGCAGACAGCAGCACAUGCCCUAUCAUUUCCACGUAAAGCACCAGCUGGACACCCUCAGGAUGCAGGUGCACAGAUGCCAGAUGAGUUUAUGUCUAACCAGAGUCAAAGUUCUCUGUUAGGACAUAUUUUCCGCAAACACGUUAAACCCAAGAAGCAGCAUGAAAUCCGUCGACUUGGAAAGCUGGUUAAGGAGUUGUGUGACCAGGCUAACUGUAACUCUGUGGUUGAUUUUGGGUCCGGACAGGGCCAUUUGACACGUUUUCUGUCUUUUGGACUUGGCCUUGAUGUCACUGGAAUUGAGGCUGAUCCUGACCUGGUUUCCAUGGCCACCAAAUUUGAUGGACAGCUCCUACUGACAUUGGACAAAGAAAGUCAGCGGUCAGGUCUGCAUUCUGAACAUGGACCCACUCCUCGCCAUGUGGUGGGCUGGGUUGAUCCAAAGGCAUCAUGGGAUGUUUUUAUCAAGCAACUUGAUGUGAAGGCAAGUAAAAGGGACAGUGAUGGACCUAUCACUGGGCUGUAUGAAAAGAAACGGCUAUCAGUGCCAUCCGAACAGGAGAUGGAAGUAGAACAAAAUUCCUACCAAGCCCAUGCAGUGGAGUUACAGACUACAUGUGCAGCUGACACAAACAUUUCUGAUAUUGUCUUCCAAAUAAACACUGUGGUUUCUCCAUCUGUCGUGAAAUCUAAAAACCAUACAAACACUACCUCAGAACAAAUUUGCAAGUUUUCCAGUGAAUCACCUAUUAACACUUUACCCUUAAUUGGAUCUGAUGUGACAAUCCAGGAUGUUGGUGUUGAUGCAAAACGAUCUAGUAACUUUGUCCUUACGGGGCUUCAUGCCUGUGGAGACCUCAGCUCAACCCUUCUUCGACAUUUUUCCAAUUGCCCUCAUGUUCAAGUCAUCACCUCUGUCGCUUGCUGUUAUAUGAAAAUCUCAACCCAGGAUAACCCAAAGCCUCCAGGGGUGAUACAAUCCAACUUCUCAUCCGCCUCAAUGGAGUCUCAUUCAGAAAAUGGUUAUCCUAUGAGUGACUGGGUACGUGGAUUACCAGGGCACCAGUUGUCCUACAAGGCACGAGAGGGGGCUUGUCAUGCAAUAGAGGACUAUCUCCUCAGGCUGAGAGAGGAGAGCGGGCUACUGCGGACACAUUGCUACAGAGCUGUCUUGGAAACCAUCAUCAGAGCGGCAAGACCUGAAUUACGCAGGCCAGGGGUUCAAACAGUUAAGAAGGCCCAUAUGCUGUCAUUCUCGGAAUAUGCUCGCAUGGCACUGCCACGGGUGGGUUUACCCACUGAUCUCCACUUUGACCCUGUCUGUGUGGAGGCAAUGCUAGCACAGCAGGGCAGGGUGGUGGUGUAUUUCAGCCUGGUUCUGCUGCUUGCACCUGUGGUGGAGACUCUUGUGUUACUGGACAGAAUGAUUUUUCUCCAGGAGAGGGGUUUUCCAAGUAAACUCAUUCCACUAUUUGACGCUGCCUUUUCCCCAAGAAACCUGGUACUGGUGGCCAUUAAGCGGACAGCAGCACAGAGCUGAGAGGAAUAUUUUUAUUUUCUUAAAACAAGACUAUGAUUUGCUGCAAAAUAUUGCAUGGUGUCAAUGCACCUUCACACAAUCCACAGAAAAGUCUUAAUAUUUUUUGUGAGGAUUGUUCCAUUUUUUUUUUACCCUAUGCAAUUUCUGAUUGUUGUAGCAUGUGUAUUUAUUAAAAAUGCCUGUGACGGUGUAUUGCAUUUCUUUGAAAUGUCAAAUGUUUCUCAAAGUAAACAGAUUAAAUAUGCUACAGGAGUAGUGCAUUUUAGUCAUGCUUA